AGCAGCAUUUUGACGUGUGGAAACGCUAACGCGCAUGUAAGCUUAGUAAUGGGGGAGGUUGAGCACGUGUAAGAAAUGCUUGUGGACACCUGCCUUUAGGCUGUGGCUUAAAUGUUUAUCUCCUUCGAUUUUAGCAUGGAUUUGAGUCUCUUUGCUAUCUGUGAUCAAUGGAAUCGAUCUUACGUUUUCGAUUAGCCUGAACAAAUUCGCAUCAACGAAAACAUGUUGUGAUGUUAGUAAAUAAUUUGUGGUAGGUAGUGAAAAGAAAUAGUAAUAACAAAAUAUGGAAGACAAUAAAAAAUGCGCCGAAAUUCAGGAUUGCGAAUUCUCUGAGCAAAAAUUCUCAGAAGUGGAGAAUAACCAAGUAAAACGUGAAGCCAAUGAAAUAGAUAACCAUGACAUCAAGAGAUUCAAAAUCGAGCAAGACAUAAAAAUAGAUUUAAAAGCCUAUGCUAAAUCUACAGCGUGUGGUAAUGAUUUUUCAGUGGAUGAGAAAAAAAUUAUUUGGUCGGACGCCGUAUCCAAAAAGAAAAUGCGGAAACUUCUCAAGAUACAGAAGUGGGAGGAAGUAAAAAAGGAGAGGAGGGCACAAGAGAGAGAACGUGCGAAAAGGAGAAAAAUGCUGGCAAGAUUAAAUAAUAUAAGUCUAGGACCAUCACGGAGCUUUCUGAAGAAAUGUACAAUGGCAAAUAGUAAAUGCAAAGUUCGUGUUGUCAUAGACCUGUCAUUUGAUGAUCUGAUGUCUGAUUCGGAUAUGAGCAAAUGUGUUAAACAAAUGCUGCAUUGCUACAGUUUAAACAGGAGAGCAGAAAAUCCUAUGCAACUGUACUUCACAAAUUUUAAUGGAAAAGUGGCGCAGGAAAUGGAAAAACAUGAUGGCUAUAGAAACUGGGAUAUCUAUUUUCACAGUGACAGUUACACUGAAAUCUUUAAUAAGAGUGAACUAGUGUACCUUACAAGUGAAUCUGAUAACAUAAUUACUGAAUUGGAGGAUGAUAAAGUGUACAUAAUUGGUGGAUUGGUGGACCACAAUGCUCAUAAGGGCGUGUGUUACAGAGUGGCUGUGGACCAAAAUAUUAGCCAUGGACAACUUCCUAUUGAAGAGUUCUUGGAAAUGAAGACAAGGAAAGUACUGACAGUCGAUCAUGUUUUUGAGAUCCUGCUAGGUGUUAGUAGUGGCAUGAGUUGGAAAGAAGCAUUUUUGAAAGUAUUACCUCCUAGAAAAGGUGCUAAAGAGAAAGAUAUUAGUGAGAUUAACGGUAUGCUCACAGAACCUGACAAAAAUGCUAAAACUGAAGAAGAAAAACAAACUGAUGUGAAAAUACCUAUGGCCACAGAACCUGACAAAAAUAUUAAAACUGAAGGAGAAAACCAAACUGAUGUGAAAAUACCUCAUAAAACUGAAACUAUGGUCACAGAAGCUGACAAGAAUGUUAAAACUGAAGGAGAAAACCACACUGAUGUGAAAAUACCUCUUAAAAUUGAAACUUAUGGAGAAGACCAAGAAGAUGUGAGAAAAACUGACACAAAUUUUGAAAUAGAUGGAGAAAAACAAACAGAUGUGAAAAGACCUUGUGAAAAUGUUGAAAUGUAUGGAGAAGAUAAACAGAUGGGGAAAAAAACUGACAAAAAUCUUGAAACAGAUGGAGAAAAGCAAGCAAAAGCAAAGUCUGACAGUGUUACUGUAGAAUAAAAUGUACGAUCAGAUAAAAAUCGGUGCAUCCAUUUCCUUUAUUGGAGAAGUAACUAAAAUGUGAAUUGCAGAAGAAUUUAUGUACUACUUUGUUUACAUUAUGUUAUUAGAAAAUUUCACCUAAUUUGAGCAUAUUGGCUGUGGAAUUUUGAAACAAUCAUAAUCUCUUAUGAUUUAGUGUUGCAAACAAAAGUAUUAGAUCAUAGUGAAUGAACUACUACAAUGUAUCAGACUGUAAUGGAUGAACCACUUGUUCACAGUGAGCAAAGAAACUAUGAAAAAUAAGAAAUGUGAUGCUUUAUAAGUGUGUGGAAAAAUCUAGACUGCAAUAUGACUGUUGUAAUAGAGAUGGAUCAAUGCUAACCAAUUAGGACAGACACAGUCUGUCCUCAAAGCUAUAACCACACACACACACACACACACACACACACACACACACACACACACACACACACAUACAUACAGAGAGAGAGAGAGAGAGAGAGAGAGAGAGAUCUGUGGUGGGGAUCUGAAAAGUGACAUUUUCCAAAUGUUUAGCAUUCUAAAGUAAUUUCUGCUUAGUCAGUUCCACUGUACUAUGUAAUGAGUAUUGAUCUAUUCUCAUACACAUACCCAUCUACUAUGUAAUGAGUAUUGAUCUAUUCUCAUACAUGUACCCAUCUGUUGCACAUUGGCCUCUUUUGUUUGCUAAGCAGUGAUCUAUUCUCAUAAACAGAAUGAGGUGUUAUUUUUUGAGGGCUUCAGAAGGAUUGGAUGUGUAAUAUUACCCAUUCAUCUUGCUUUGUUCUGGGUUAUAUAUUUUUUUUCUGUUGCCGGUACUGUUGGAGUCCUUGCUACUCUGUACCAUUUUAUAGGUUACAAUCAUGUACUGCAAUGACUGUGACACUUAACGGACAAGCAGUUUUAAAAUAUCCAGCUGCAAUCAAUAAUGUCAGCCUGUAACUAUGUCUCAGUUUUAUUAUAUAUGACUGGAUGGUAUGAUAUAUUGCAUCUGCACAUUGUGUACAUACAUGAAAUAUUAAAAGCAUUGUAUUGUGGCAGAAAUUUUUUAUGAGGUGAAAGAUUACAAAGCUUGUGUAUUGUGGCAGAAAUUUUUUAUGAGGUGAAAGAUUACAAAGCUUGUGUAUCCGAAUUUUUAGUUGCAACUAAGCAUAUUUAGCAAGUAAUAAAUGAAAGUAUAAUGACUGGUUUA